CUGUUCCGUUUGACUCCGGGAAAGUUUUUGUUGGUCUUUGUGUGUCUCUCGGUUUUGUAACUCAGGGGCUUUUGGACCCGCUUGGUUCUGUGACGGCUCGGCUCGGCUCGGUCCCGCGCUGUUAUGUCCCGGGUUCUGAUCGUGGGAGCGGGCCUGACGGGCAGCCUGUGCGCAUGUCUGCUGAGAAGAGCGCUGCAGACUGACGUUCAGAUUGUGCUAUGGGACAAAGCGAGGGGCACAGGCGGCAGGAUGUCCACCAGCCGUGCACCCAGCGCCACGUCUCACUCAGCUGAUCUGGGAGCACAGUACAUCUCAGCCACGCCAGCAUAUGCUCGGUCCCACCACAGUUUUUACUCAGAGCUCCUCUCUGCGGGGGUCCUGCAACCUCUCAGCUGUCUGAUUGAAGGUCUGAAGGACAAAGAGGGCACCAAGAACUAUGUGACGCCACUGGGCACGGGCAGUAUCAUCAAAUACUUCCUAUCACAGUCAGGAGCUGAUUUGUUCCUCGAGCAUCAUGUAACCGGUCUGUAUCGCCGUGGUGCAUCUUGGGAGGUUGAGAGGAAGGCAGGAGGCAGCGAGAUGUUUGACGUCGUCGUCCUGACAAUGCCAGUCCCUCAGAUCCUGCAGCUGCAGGGAGACCUAGGACAGUUGUUGUCUGUCCAGCAGAGGCAGCAGCUGGAGGGCGUCAUCUACUCGUCCCGUUUCGCCCUCGCACUCUUCUUCUCUCCAGACACCGUCCUGAAUAUUCCUUGGGGGGCAAAAUACGUCACAGACAGCAGCUGCAUCCGCUACAUUGCUGUGGACUCCAAGAAACGCAAUGCAGCAGCUCCGGGCACUGGCCCCUCCCUCGUCGUCCAUACCAGUGUUCCAUUUGGCCUGGAACACCUGGAGCAAGACAAGGAGGACGUGCAGCCAAUCAUCUUACAGGAGCUCCACAGGCUGGUCCCUGGUCUGCCACAGCCAUCCAGCAUCAAGUGUCAAAAGUGGCGGUACUCCCAGGUGCAGACCUCGGUGCCCGACUGUCCGGGUCACAUGACCAUCCUUGAUAAACCACUGCUCAUCUGUGGCGGCGACGCCUUCAUCCACUCCAACUUUGAUGGCUGUGUGGAAUCUGCACUGAGCAUGCUCCGUGUGCUGAAAGCCAAACUCAUCUGAUAAAUGACUUUAUCAACAGUUAAUGAAGUAACAGGUUAAUUUAUCAAUAAAUUUAAUAUAUCU